AAUACACUCCGCUCUUAUCCCCCACCGUCCUCUGCAUUCAGUUGUCGCUCUUUACUCACUUCAGAAGCAAUUACUUAAGACCCUGCGAUGCCAAUUAACCCCAACGCCGAGGUCGCUGCGGACCCAGACACGCUCAUCUCGCUGCUCUCGCUCAACGACAAAGUCCGAGUGCGGACCGAGGGCCCCACGGAAGAUGACCUUUCCGACGACGACGAGCUCGAGGAAGACGACGGAAUCGACGACGUGAGCGGAAACGCGAGUGUAGCAUCGCUUUCUCAACCUUCGCGAACGACGCCCUCUUCGCCACUCAGCGGUGGCGCGGGCUCGUCUCGACCGUCGACAAACGGAGGUGGUCAGCACCAUCUCGCGUACACGCACCCUCACCUGUCGGACUCGGCUGCUGGGUCGAAGAUUUCGAGGCCCGCGUCGCCGUAUACGCUCAAUCCGCCGAUUGAUUUUGACGGGCUCUCGUGGCCGUCGAUAGGGACGCGGUCGCGGCUCGAGAAUACGCCUGAGGAGCGGGAGGCGAAAAUCAAGCGCAUUGCCGACGCCGUCAGAGUUAUCUUGACCGAGCUGGGUGAGGACCCGUCUCGAGAAGGCCUGCUGUCGACGCCGGAGCGAUAUGCAAAGGCUAUGCUGUUCUUUACCAAGGGAUACGAGCAAAACAUUCGAAGCGUGAUCAACCGCGCGGUGUUUGAAGAGGACCACGACGAGAUGGUGAUAGUGAAGGACAUCCCGGUAUUCUCACUUUGCGAGCACCACAUGGUCCCUUUCAACGGCACGAUCUCGAUUGGCUACAUCCCCAACUCGCGAGUGCUCGGUCUCUCGAAACUAGCGCGAAUUGCCGAGAUGUUUGCGCGCAGACUACAAGUGCAGGAGCGCCUGACGAAGCAGGUCGCGCUGGCGGUGUGGGAGAUUCUCCGGCCACAGGGUGUCGCGGUUGUUAUGGAGGCCUCGCACAUGUGUAUGGUUAUGAGAGGAGUUCAGAAGCCUGGUAGUUCAACAGUUACCAGUUGUAUGCUUGGUCGCUUCCGAGAAGCGCAGAAGACGAGAGAGGAGUUUUUCUCGCUGAUCGGGCGCCGGUAGACGAUCAUGGCGUCUCUGUAUUAUUUCACCUGUGUUUUUUAUUGUUUCAUUUUUUAUUGUUUUAUUUUUUUGAUUUUGAUUUCUUAAUUCAUAUUACGGCUUGGGAAAAAUUAGGCGUGCGGGUCAAAUAUUGAAAUGCGCUUCAACAGCAUUUGUUUUCUUUCUUUAAUCGUUUGUGUCCUGAUGAUAUUUCUGCUAGGUCAUGGGCUCAUGUGUGAGUGUAUGGUUUCUUUUUUUGUUUACAGUAUUGUUUCUCUACUCUCUACAUUAUCUAUCUAUUUGCCGACUUUGUAGUCGCUGUUUUCUUCAACCUUACUGUUAGAU